AUGUGGCUAUUACAAACAAAAUCAUACCUAAUCUUGGCUAUGAAAUCGAAGAUGACAAAUAUCAUACUUGGCAAAUUACUAAUUGGCGAAGUUUAGGAUAUAGAACAAUAGGUCCUGAGUUUGAGGCAGGGGGUUGGAAAUGGCGUAUUUUACUUUUUCCUUUUGGAAAUAAUAAUCCAGAUGUUGUUUCAAUUUAUCUCGAGUUUGCUGAUGCUGCAAAGGUUCCCUCUGGUUGGUGUUGUUAUUUACAACUUGCUUUAAUAUUAUGGAAUCCAGAAGAACCAACACAAUAUGUUGGUUAUUACACACGCCAUCGGUAUACUACGGAUUCAGAAUCAGAUUGGGGAUUUACUCGAUUUUAUCCACAACGUAAACUAUUCGCAUCAUCAUCAAGUAGAACUAGACUAUUAAUUGAAAAUAAUAGAUGUAAUAUCACAGUAUUUGUUCGAAUUUCAAAGGAACCAAUAGAUUCUCAAUUAGAUAAUUUUGUAGAAUAUUUUACUUCAAAUCCUCCUAGAGGAAAUCGAUUAAAAUUUUAUAAUUAUGAUUCUAAGAAAGAAACUGGUUACAUAAGUUUAAAGGAUAAUAGAACAUCAAGUUUUAUAAAUUCAUUAUUAUUAUCUCUCUACUUUAUAAAUUAUUUCCGUAAGGAAAAUGAUGGAUCAAUUGAAAAUGUUUCUUUAGCUUUGCAAAGUUUAUUUUAUCAAAUGCAAAAUUCAAAUACCUCUAUAGAAACAACAAAUAUGACAAAAUCUAUGGGAUGGUAUUCAUUUGGAUCUUUUAUUCAACAUGAUGCUCAAGAAUUUAAUAGAAUGUUACAAGACAUUCUUGAGAAAAAAAUGAAGGUAAAAUUGAUGGAUCAUAAUAGUAAUU